ACUUGGAUCCAUGUUCCAACUUGGAACAUAAACUCAUUUGAAUGAGUUAACUCCUAUAACAAGAAGAUUGAUUCGUAAGUGAAAAUGUGAAUAAGCACUGAGAUAGUAAUUGGCACGAAAUCAAACUAAAAGUGUCUACUUUGCUAAUUUUAAGUCUGACUAUGGUUAUAAUUCUUAUGUUGACUUUUGAAAGUUCAAACCUUUACGAUACCAAAAACCUUCACCAAUGGUUUCCAUUUUCCUUCAAUCACCAACAAGUUUAACAUCCCAGAGCUACCCAUUUUCAUCUCGGAGCUCCACCCGGAGAACCCGACGUGGAGCUUCUCCAUCACUUCGUGUCACAGCUUCUCGCAGCUCUUACGAUGUAGUCGUUGUUGGUGGUGGGAUCAUCGGAUUGACCAUAGCCCGCCAAUUCCUAACCGGGUCGGAUCUAUCCGUUGCUGUUGUCGAUAAAGCCGUCCCUUGCUCCGGUGCCACCGGUGCCGGGCAGGGAUAUAUAUGGAUGACUCACAAGAAACCAGGCACUGAUGUGUGGGACUUGACUUUGAGGAGCCAUGAACUCUGGCACAAGCUUGCAGAGAGCUUGAACGUUGAUGGUCUUGAUCCUGAAGAGUUGCUUGGCUGGAAAAAGACAGGAAGCUUACUCAUUGGAAGGACCUCUGAGGAAUGUGUUGCUCUGAAGCAAAAGGUUCAUGAGCUUUCUGAAGCUGGGUUAAGAACUGAAUAUUUGUCUAGUGAUGAGUUGUUGUUAAAGGAGCCUGCGGUUCUUGUGGAUGAUGAUUCCGGGGCUGCAUUUCUUCCCGAUGAUUCACAACUGGAUGCUCAUCGCGCAGUUGCUUAUAUCGAGAAGGGUAACAGAGAGUUUGCACCUGAAGGAAGAUAUGCCGAGUUCUAUCAUGAACCAGUUAUAGGUUUAAUAAGGUCUAAUGGGCGUAGCACGGAGGUUGCAGGUGUUCAGACUUCUAAACGUAACUUGUAUGGUAAGAAGGCUACUAUAGUAGCUGCUGGUUGCUGGAGUGGAUCUCUGAUGCAUGAAUUGCUUAAGGACUGCAACAUUUCGCUGGACGUUCCUGUGAAGCCAAGAAAGGGGCAUCUACUUGUGGUAGAGAAUUUUGAUUCGUUCCACUUAAAUCAUGGAUUAAUGGAGGCUGGUUACACAAAUCAUCAAAGUGCUUCAGCUCCAGGAUUGGAUGUUGAGGAACGGAUGCUAUCUAUUUCCAUGACAGCCACAAUGGACACAUCAGGAAACCUUAUCCUCGGGAGCAGCCGUGAGUUUGUCGGUUUCGACACUGAAGCUGAUGAGUUUAUCAUCCGUUGCAUAUGGGAGCGUGCAGCAGAAUUCUUCCCCAAGUUACGUGAUAUUUCCCUCGAAGAUUUCAUCCGGAACAGGAAAGUGAGAGUCGGGUUGCGUCCUUACAUGCCUGAUGGAAAGCCAGUGAUAGGAUCCGUGCCCGGACUACAAAACCUAUACUUAGCAGCUGGGCAUGAAGGAGGUGGACUUUCUAUGGCUCUAGCAACAGCGGAAAUGGUAACAGACAUGGUACUUGGGAAACCUGAACAGGUAGAUAGUUCAGCGUUUGGGGUUAAAGGACGUUGUUGCUGAUGAAAUAGUAGCAGUUCGGUUUAGUUAAGAGACUGAAUCUUCUUAAGCAUUGUGGUUGCUAAAUGGUGUCCCAAAGGAAAUUUCUAUGAGCUACACAAAUCCGGUGUUGGUUUAGUCCCGGUUUUAGUAAUAUGUACUAAGACCAAUUCUAAUUCUACGUCUUUAAACCAGACUUUUUCUCUAGCUUUCUACAUACAUUAUCUGUUUUUUAUAUACGGUUGAUUACAAAUAUGGUUCCAUUCAAAAUAUACUCAACAAUAAGUUAACCA